GGGGGGAUGCCGCAAAAGCCCGUGGCAUAUGCCGCCGAAUAUGAGUUCGCCGAUGAAAACGUCGUCGCGAUGCGGAGGAGGCUGCACAUGGACGCCAUGCACCUCGAGCACAUGCGAACGAUGCAACCCCCGAUCAAGAAAGAUAUCGUGCAUACGAUCAUCAAGUCGCCCAACAAAAAGAAACAACAACUCCUCGAAGAUCGUCAGCUCUCGAUCGCGACGGAGAACGAGCACCUGGUCGAGCGCAUGCAGCGAAUCGUGACCCGCCGCAACAAAUUGUCGAUCCCACCUAUCUCGAAGCCAUCCAACCAGCGACUCCGCCAGAAGAUGCACUCGAAAAUACGACAGGAAAACCGAGUGAUGAAAGAUCAUCUUCAGAGCGUCAAAGGAACGUAUAGCACGGCGCAGUGGAAGCGGGACGCGGAAACGGCUGCACGCCUAGCGCAGCGAAUCUCAAAAGCCCCAAAACGAUCCAAGCUCCGCUUGAUUGCCGCCGACGAGCCACGUCAUUCCCCCAACAACCCUGCACCGCCCGAGUUUGAGUUCCUAGUCCUCAACGACAUUGACGAAGAGAUGCCCAUGCGCACCGCAAAGGAAAUCAAGGCGCAAAUCCAGUCCAAGCUGCCUCUCAUCCACAACAAGGCAGCUGCGUACUUGACAAAGGAGCUGACACACCCUGACCCGUUUCAAGUUACCAGGCGGCCCUUCGAAUAACACUUGGAUACGGGUGGUUCGCCCCGACAGUGGAGGCGGUAUGUUGGCAGCAAAGAUGACCCCGACCGCCACCUUGCCGACGACACAUUGCACUUCCGUAGCCAUUUGAAGACUCUGCCCAUUGUACAGACAAAACGAUGUAUACCGCAAUGCGUGCCGCGCUAUCCCUCGACAAGACCAUCGUCUGCGCUGGUCCCAUGCGCGAGACCGCCUGAAACAUCAUCCAUCCUCGAUUGGCGACGGAGAAUGCUGCCAAUUCGCGGUUCUUGGGCCUGACGCGUGCAGUUCGCCUACGGCGCAUGGCUUCACUCGACCUAAGCGUUCCAUAAAGACCCUCUUCCGUAGCUGCCCCUUAUCCUUAGCACUGUGUUGUCUCUAGUCGUGCGGCGAUCGAGGUCGUCGCCACCUUGGUGGUGCAUGCCACCAACUCUCGC